CAUCCUCGGCUCCCGCCUCCCGUCUCCCGCUGUCGAGCCGACGCUGACGCCGAGAUAAGCAACAUGUGCAGAGUUAUAUGCUAAAUGUGGAAUAAAGGUUGAAGUGGAUCAUAUUAAAAACCGAUUGAAGACACUUAAAAAAGAUAUGGGCGCAUUUCAAGACAUGCAGAAUUCUUCUAGUGGAUUUGCAUUUAAUCGAGUGACAAGGAUGAUGGAUGCGGAGCCAAAAGUUUGGGAAGAUUACAUAAAGGCACAUCCUGGAGCAAAACAAUUUCGUUACAAACCUGUACCGUGUUUUGAAAACUUGCAAAUCAUUUAUGGGAAAGACAGGGCUGGUGGUUUAUCUUCUGAAACUAUCAAAGAAAGACGUGCUCGCAUUGAAAAUGAAAGAGAUGAAUCAAGUUCUAUCAAUACAAAUCAAGAUGAUAGAGAACCUGUUCAAGAGAACGAUGUAGAAUGCAUUGGCCCUUCAAAAUGUAAAGAACAAGAUCCCAAAACCCAUUCUACAACGGGAACAUCUUCUAAGGUGAUAUAUAAAAGAAAGCAUAGUGCCACUAGCAACUUGGGUGAAGAGCUUGAUGGGCUAAAAAGCGGAAUGGAGUCAAUUGCUUCUGCAAUUUGGAAGACCGGUCCUCGUUUUUACACAGAAGGAGAGAUAUUUGAGGAGCUUUCAAAAGUUGAAGGGCUCAAUGAGGACGAACAGCUUGUAGCCUAUGACUAUCUUACCGAGGAUGCGGCUCGAGGAAGAAACUUUAUUGGGUUACCAAUUCAUCGGAGGAAAAGAUGGUUGGAGAUUAAGCUUGGAUGGGCAUCACACAAUCUUGAUAUCGGUACUAGGAGGGGAUGAAGGAUGCGAGAUUGAUGUUUUGAUGGGCUCACUAAAGUCAAAAACCAAGGAAUUCGGCAUAUUUUUCUCUCUAUUUGGUUAAGAUUCUCUAUAUAUGAAAUUGAUUGUAAUAGAUUUUGUUGGUUAAGGUUUUUUAUAUGAAAUUGAUUGUAAUAGACUUUGUGACUAGAAACGGAUAAUAUACUUUAUAUUAGGAAUAUCAUGACAUUUACUUUA